AUGGAUAGUAGAUCCCUUCAUAUAAACUGCGGGGGACCUAAUGUAACUAUCGAAAACUCUCGAGGAAGGUUCUUAUACGAGGGUGAUAACUCUGGACUAACCGGUUCAGCUAUGAACUAUCAUGGAAAAAAAUGGGGAUUCAGCAAUACUGGUGACUUUAUGGAUGAUAUAAUAACUGAAGAUACAUACACAGUUUUCUCAGAUUCUGUAGUAUCAGCAAAAUACCCUGAGCUAUACCAGACAGCUCGACUUUCUCCCCUGAGUCUGGCCUACUUUGCUUUUUGUUUUGAAAAUGGAAGCUACAAUGUAAAACUCCAUUUUGCGGAGAUUCAAUUCUCAGAUGAGGAACCAUAUGUUAGACUAGCGAAACGCUUCUUUAACAUUUACGUUCAGGGUAAGUUGAUUUGGGAGGAUUUCAACAUAAGAGAAGAGGCUAAUGGAACUCACAAGGAAGUUAUAAAAGAAGUGAACACAACCGUGACUGAUAACACUUUAGAGAUACGGCUUUACUGGGCAGGGAAAGGCACAACGAUCAUUCCAAAAAGAGGGCACUAUGGCUCUCUCAUAUCUGCAAUCUCAGUCUGUCCCAGUUCUGAAUCUGAAUGUGGCGCUCAAGUACAUCAUCCUCUUCUAGUCAGAAAAGCACACAAACCAAGAAUAUAUACUCUCAUUCUCGUCAUAACAACCCUGAUACUCUCUCUUGCUUUCUUGAUUGUCGGCGCAUUCUACUGGAAGAAAUGUGUUAGAAAUGAAGAUUCAGGAAAGAGAGGUUCCUUCAGUUUGAAGCAACUAAAAGUUGCAACUGACAAUUUUGACCCCUUAAACAAGAUUGGAGAAGGCGGCUUUGGAUCUGUAUAUAAGGGGAGAUUACCAGAUGGAACUUUGAUAGCGGUAAAGAAGCUAUCUUCAAAAUCAUGUCAAGGUAACAAGGAGUUUGUAAACGAGAUAGGUAUGAUCGCCUGCCUGCAGCAUCCAAAUCUUGUGAAGCUCUAUGGAUGCUGUUGUGAGAAUAAUCAGCUUCUUCUUGUCUAUGAGUACUUGGAGAACAAUUGUCUUGCUGAUGCAUUAUUUGGAAGAAGCGGAAUCGCGAGAGGGCUUGCUUUUCUUCACGAAGAUUCAGCAGUUAAGAUCAUUCACCGAGACAUAAAAGGGACAAAUGUACUCCUAGACAAGGAUCUGAACUCAAAGAUUUCGGAUUUCGGGUUGGCUAGGCUUCAUGAAGACGAGAAGAGCCACAUUACCACCAAAGUUGCUGGAACAAUGUCAGUUUUGUAG